AUGGGUGCGUUUCGUCUGGAUACACCACUGAUGACACUCUGGUAUAAACGUGACGGUGAGUACCAGCUACCGAAGUCAUUCGUCACUUUGGAUCAAGUAAGCCCUCUCGCAUACUCGGACCCUCUGGACUCGAACCGUCUGCUGAAUCUUAACAUCGAUCUGGGUUUUAUUACUCCGGGACAGCAUGCAGCAGUUCGCGUAUUCUGCAGAACUGACAGGUCUUAG